UCUCUCACAUCUCUUCCAAUGCGGUACGUUGCAUCGCAGUCUCAAUUGCCUCGUGAUACCCGUAGUAUUGCUUGCUAAACAAAGUUACCGCAAACAGAAGAUCGCUGGCUACCUGCCCAAGGAUGAUGGCGCCAAGGCCGCCUUCAAGGAUGCCGAUAUCAUCGUCAUUCCUGCCGGUAUUCCCCGUGAGUUACAACCACGGAGCCUCGUCCGCUGCUUUCUUCUAACGGCAAAUCCACUCUAGGCAAGCCUGGCAUGACCCGCGACGAUCUCUUCAAUAUUAAUGCCGGUAUCGUCAAGGGUCUCAUCGAGGUUGCGGCCGAGGUCGCCCCCAAGGCGUUCAUCCUCGUCAUCUCCAACCCCGUCAACUCCACCGUCCCCAUUUCCGCCGAGGUUCUGAAGGCCAAGGGUGUCUUCAACCCUCAGCGUCUGUUCGGUGUCACCACCCUCGACAUCGUCAGAGCCGAGACCUUCGUUGCCGAGAUCUCCGGCAAGGCCACCAGCGAGCUCAACGUUCCCGUUAUUGGCGGCCACUCCGGCGAGACCAUUGUUCCCCUCUUCAGCAAGGUCAAGCCCUCCGUGUCCAUCGCCGACGACAAGUACGAUGCUCUCGUCAACCGUGUCCAGUUCGGUGGUGACGAGGUCGUCAAGGCCAAGGACGGCGCUGGUUCCGCCACUCUCUCCAUGGCCUACGCUGGCUACAGAUUCGCCGAGAAGGUUCUCAAGGCCCUCAAGGGCGAGAAGGGUCUCGUUGAGCCUAGCUACGUCUACCUCCCCGGUGUUCCCGGCGGUAAGGAGAUUGCCGAGAAGACUGGUGUUGACUUCUUCUCUGUUCCCAUCGAGCUUGGCCCCAACGGUGCCGAAAAGGCCAUCGAUAUCCUUGGCGACAUCACAGAGAAGGAGCAAGAGCUGCUGAAGGCUGCGGUUGCGGGAUUGAAGGGCAACAUUCAGAAGGGUGUCGAGUUCGCCCACAAGGCCCCCCAAAAGUGAUUUCCCCCCUUUGUACACUUGUUUUCAGUAACAGCCCCCGACCCCCUCUCGAGGAAGCCGCAUGACAGCUUCCAACAAUGUAGCCAAAAUGGUGAUAGAUGAAAUACAACCGAGGGAGAAUUAUGGCUGAUCGACUCUUCUUUUUCCUAGGCUGUGAGGUGUUGUUGGUCUCGCAAGUGUAUAGUUGACCAGCGUAUAACACCAGUUGAGAUCUCUUGAGUCCGCGGUACGUAGGGCAAUGGCGUCGGUAAUUUUGGAUAUGGCGAUAAUUGCU